AUGCAACGUGCCGGUGUUUCCUUGCUCAAUAUCAGUAGAAAUAAAUCAGAAUCAGUUACUGGAUUAACUAGACCGGAAUUAGAACAAAACCCAAUUGCAGAACAAGCUCCAAAUAGAGCAGAACCAUGGUCCCAAACUCAAGAAUCAAGAGCAGAAGUUAUUGCUCGUCAUCCACAAAGAUUUAUCCAGAAAGAAUUGGAGUCCCAACCAAGACCUUAUGCUGCCAUUGACUUGAUUGCUCAAGAACCAGUCAGAUACUUAACCCACGAAGAAGGUAAUGUGGCUGUUUGUGAUGGUAAUAGAGGUAAUACUUUACAAGGUCAUCCUAAAGUUUUCAUUAACUUGGACCAACCAAAAGCUGCCACUUGUGUUUAUUGUGGUUUGAGAUACGCUAAAGAAGAACAUAAAGAUCUUAUUGAAAAUGGUCAUCAUCAUUAA